AUGCUUGGGCGACGAUCUUUAAAUCUGGAACUUACCACUUUUGAUCCUGAGAUCGAAAGAACAGCUCGAGAGAAUCUAAGCUUGCUGAAAAAUUCAGAGUCUGAGUCGGAAAAGUCUAUUGAGAUAGGAGGACCGCUUAGGAAUGGGGAUCCACCCAGAACCCUCAGAGAAUUAUUUGCACCCAUCACUACCGACACUCCAUCCUGCAUAGUGUUGCCUGCUACUAAUGCUACUCAUUUUGAUUUGAAGCCGAGUGUAAUUCAAAUCCUUCCUACUUUCCAUGGUUUAGAGAAUGAAGAUCCUUACGCUCAUGUAAAGGAAUUUUUGGAGAGGUGCAACACUUUCAAAUUUCAAAAUUUGUCAGAUGAGUCGGUGCGUCUAAGGCUAUUUCCUUUUUCCCUAAGCGGUAGGGCAAAAGCAUGGUUACAUUCCAACAUGCCUGGAUCCAUCACCUCCUGGGAAAUUUUACUGACCAAGUUCUACAACAAAUUCUUCCCAAUCUCGAGGAUUAAUGAAUUUCGUCGAGAAAUCAGCAGUUUCAGUCAAAAGGAGGACGAGAAAUUCUGUGACAGCUGGGAGAGAUUUAAAGAGCUAACUAUAAAAUGUCCGCCCCAUGGUUUUGAGACUUGGAGGCUCAUUCAAUUUUUCUACAAUGGGUUAACUCAAUCGGAGCGUUACAUGAUUGAGUCCAUUAAUGGUGGCGGGUUCUUGAAUCUUACAGGAGAAGAAGCCUACAAGACUCUGGAUGAACUGUCCGAUAAUUCACAACAGUGGGAUUUUUCAAGUCGUCGGGGUAAAUGUUCCACUACCACCAAGAAGGAAGGACUCUAUGGGGUGAAGGAUAAUGAAGAUAUCAGGGGGCAACUCAAGGAUAUCAUGCGUACGAUUGAAGCCAUUGCUCUGAACAAGCCAGUGAUUGCAGCAAAUACUUAUCAAGCUGACGUAUGUUCUUUAUGUGCUAGCCCGAUGCACUUUACUCAGAACUGCCCAUCUCUAUCGACAGGUGCAGAAUAUCCACCAGAGCAGGUCAAUGCCUUCAAUGAUUACAGGAAACCAACAAGUGGACCUUUUGCUGAGACUUACAACCCAGGGUGGCGCAACCAUCCCAAUUUCUCUUGGAAGCAAAAUCAACCCCAAAAUCAAGGAAGAACCUCGAAUCAAGCUCAUGCUCAACAUUCUUCUGGAUUCCCUCCACAGGCUCAGAAUCAGUUCCAGUCAACCACUCAAGUGUUGCAGCCUCAACCAGCACCACAGUCAUCAUUGGAAGAAACACUCCAAGCAUUCAUUCAGACAAGCAACCAAAAUAUACAAGAGCUUCAGAAGGUCACCAUGAACAACAAUCAGACUAUACAAGAGCUUAAAAACGAGGUCAUGUCUUCAAAUCAAGCUAUUGCAAAGAUGGAAGGGCAAAUUGGCCAACUAGCCAAUCAAAUGGGGGAAAGAGAAAGAGGAAAAUUCCCAAGUCAACCAGUGCCCAACCCAAAAGGGCAAUUUGUUAUUGGGAGUAUGUAA